AAAAAAAAACUUUUCUUCCUGGUUUAUAGAUUGUUGUUAUUAGAAUCUAGAGUCUAGAUAUAAAAUAAAUCUAAAUCUAUUCAAUAAAGAUCUAGACUAGAUCUUUUUUUUCUAAAUUAUCUACAUUCCGAUAUUCAUUACGUUAAAUUUUCUUUAGGUCUAGAGCUAGAAUUGCAUAGACUGAGAGACUAGAUGUACAUGUAGUUCUAGAUCUAGAUCCAGAUUUCUACUGUGACUGUCACAGUACUAAGUCAGUAGUCUUGAGUUUGAGUAGUGUGACUUGACUGUGAUAAGAGUCAGAGUCAGUGUCACUUCACUAUUUCUAAUGACGUAAUGUUGAAGAACAAGAUACCCCCUAGACGGGGCCUUACUGAAGUUACUGGCAUUAGAGGUUUUAAUUUCGACAAAGUUUGUUAUGAACUGAAGGUGAAGGCAGAUACACACAUCACAUAUUUGAAGAUUUUUAUUAUUAAUAAAUAAAUCUGUCUUUUAAAUGAGAAUUAAGUGGAGAUGAGUGCCAGUCACAGAAUAAAUGGAUAUGGGCCAGUGAUUAAAGAAGGGGUCCUGUGUAAAAAAUCUGUUAUCAAGAGGAAAAUUCUACACACUCAGAAUUACAAAAACAGACUUUUUAAACUUACAGACAGUGUUUUGGCCUACUAUGAAGGGGAUUUGCAUAAUCCAGGCCGUCUUAAGGGGGAAGUUAGACUCUGUUUAAUGAAGGUCGUGAUGGAGGUAGAGGACAAGAAACUAGAAGAUAAAGAUAAUGUCUUUCAGAUUGUGUAUGCAGACAGCAAUGCCAGAGAUGACUACUGCACAUUGUAUAUUAUAGCCAGCAGUAACAUAGAGAGGCAGGCCUGGCUGGAAGCCAUUCGAACAGGUGCAGUAAAUGCAGGGGCUUCAUUUUUUAAUAAAUACCAUCCUGGUGUUUGGAGUAAGAAACGUCCAUAUUAUAACUGUUGCGACCAAUCCAACCGUAAUGCAAUAGGCUGUAAAUGUUGUGACUUACUUCCCAUGAAUGAACCAAUUCCACCAGUGCCGCCGCCUCGAGUGGGAGACAACGUGUACAUAGCAGUCUAUGACUACCAGCCUACAGAUGAUUGGGGACUGGAACUCAUUGCCGGUGAACAAUACUUUGUGAAUGAUCAAACGGCAGAGAACUGGUGGGUGGCAAAGAACAAGCAAGGCCAAGAAGGCUACAUCCCUGCCAACUAUGUUAAGAAAAACUGUGGCCUUGAAGUCUUUGAGUGGUAUUAUAAAGAAUGUUCUAGAGAGAGGAGCAAAUCUCUCCUUACUAAGACUGGAAGAGAAGGAAGCUUCUUGGUGAGAGAGUCUAUCAGUUGCCCAGGAGAAUAUUCUCUAUCUAUAUUCACAACGGAAAAUGGUGGUAAUGUUAGGCACUAUCAAAUCAAAAGAAAUGAUUUAGGUCAGUACUACAUCUCUAUCAAUCACCCACACAACAGUAUUCAAGAACUGGUCCAUUAUCACAAACACAAUGCUGGAGGUAUUCAUACCAGGUUACGUGACCCACCUCCCAGGGGAGAUGCACCAUCCACAGCAGGCUUUAGUCGAAGCAAAUGGGACUUAGAUCCAAAACUUCUAUCAAGAGGAAAAGAGUUAGGCCGAGGCUGUUUUGGUGUUGUUUAUUCAGGUUUCUAUAAACAAGGUCAGAUAAGUAAACCUGUGGCCAUCAAAGAAAUGACAGUCAAGCCCACAUCAGAUGAAGUGUUGCAAGAGUUUAAAACAAUGACUCAACUGAAUCACCCUAAUCUAGUCCAGCUGUAUGGAGUGAUACUGAAUCAAGAGCCUCAGAUGAUUAUCACUGAAUUAUUAACUCAUGGUGCUUUAAAUGGAUACCUCCAACGUCAUCGUCAGAAGCUCUUUUAUAAUCAAACCAAGUUGUUAGACUUCAGCUUACAGGUAUGCAAAGGCAUGGAGUAUCUCGACAGUAAGAAUAUUAUACACCGUGACCUGGCAGCGAGGAACUGUCUUGUGGGUAGAGAGAGUGUGGUCAAGGUGGGAGAUUUUGGGCUAGCCAGGAUAGUGCUUGAUGAUGAUGAAUACCAAAUGUCAGAGGGAACCAAAUUUCCAUUUAAGUGGGCUCCACCAGAAGUUUUGUAUCACAGAAAGUUUAGCAGCAAGUCUGAUGUUUGGGCUUAUGGUAUACUACUGUGGGAAAUCUACUCAUGUGGAGAAAUGCCUUACAGUGGAAUGAGCAAUCCAGAAGUGUUGAAAUAUGUGGCAGAGGAAGAGAAGAGACUGGACAUGCCCAGAUCAGCAUCAGCACCCAUCUAUGCCAUUAUGAAUGCAUGCUGGAAAACUUCUCCUAUUGAUAGACCAACUUUUAGGGAGCUGAAGGUUAAAUUGGAAAGAUUAAAUGCAAGGGGAGACUACAUACCAACACAGUUGCCUUGAACAGAAAUGUGUUAUCUGCCUUGCUACCUCCAUUCACAACACAAGAAAAGACAAGAAAUGAUUGGGAGUGCUCUACCUUAAAGAUUGUUGGAUUUAUUCUCUAAAAGGCUCAUACCUUGUGCAUCAAAUCACAUAGAAAAUAUUUGCUUCAUUUAGUACCCCCACCUAUUUGUCUUUUAGAACUCUUUGGGAAUGCUUUCCCUUGUUAUGCUUAACUGUACAUAAUCCAACUCUGGUGCUCUGCCUACACAGAAAGAGAAACUUCUGGAAGAACAAAAAUGAAUAUCAAGAUGUUUACAAUGCAUAUAUGUAUACAUUUUUUGUUACAUUUUAUUUUUCCUUCUCUAUGUUCACACUUUUAUUCCAGUUUGUAUAAAGUAAAUAUUAGCGCCGUAAUAUUUACAAAUUAAAUUAAUUUACACCCAACAUUUUUGUCUCGAACUUGAAAGAGUUGAAUCUAUUGUUUAAAUUCUUCUGUGAAACAAGUGAUAUAUAUUUUUUUUUACCUUUUAGCACUGUUUGUAUAACUAUAGAUAUCUGGACACUCUACUAGCUGAUUAAUUAACUGAACCCUAGCGCUCAAAAAGAUGAUUAUGCUAGUGAAUAAUUUUACUAAAGCGCAUAAUAAAUUAUAUAUAUAUAUAUAAAUAUAUUUGUACCUUUUAUUCUGUCUUAAUGCAAAAUAGUUUUGAUAUCAAUAUAAUAUAGACUUUCACCACAGCCACAUGAGUCAUCCAAUCAGAUUGUUUUUGUAGGAAAGAUUUGUUUGUUCUUUUGGCUUGUGUAAUCUUGAAAUAAUUCUCUCAUUUAAGAAAAAUCUGGCCACUUCUAAGUGGGUGAGAUUCUUGGGUUUAGAUUGAAUAUUAGGAUUCAAUGGCUAAGUGGUUAAAUUCCUUGUUCAUAUCUGGAUUUUUUCACCUUAUUAAGGACUAAGUUUCAUUAGUUUCUUGUUAGACUAUGACAGUUCUGGGAAUUACAGUUGAUUGAUCAUAAAAUUUAGAAUUCAUUGACCACACAGACAAAUUUAAUCAGCUAUAGCCCAUGAGGCAAUUGUACUUAAAGAUUAUUAAAUCUCUUUUGUGUAAAGAUCAGUGUAAAAAAAUAUGAAGUUCACAAUCUUAAUUUUAUUUUUUAUUUAAAAAAUCUGCUUUAAUAAACAGUUAUUAUUUGUCCAAUAUACAUGUUUGGAAUAUAUAUUUAUAUAUAUAAAUAGUAAUGUCCAUAAUGAAAAUUAUAUGCACCAUAAUGUAGAAAAGUUUUUGUUUUUAAUGUUCAUCUGUUACUUGAAAAUCAUUUUUUUAUAUUGUUCAUAUACCAAUUACUGUUUUGUUAUAAGCAAUAUAAGAACAAAGACAACUUCAGCAAAUCCUAUAUUGAUUUGAAAAUGUUUUUUUUUUUUGGCAUAUAUAUAUAUUUAAAAUCUAUGGCUCUUAACUUCCAAACUAAUGAACUUCCAAACUACAUUGUACUGCUAAUGAACUUUCAAACUACAUUGUACUGCUAAUGAACUUUCAAACUACAUUGUACUGCUAAUGAACUUUCAAACUACAUUGUACUGCUAAUGAACUUUCAAACUACAUUGUACUGCUAAUGAACUUCCAAACUACAUUGUACCGCUAAUGAACUUUCAAACUACAUUGUACUGCUAAUGAACUUUCAAACUACAUUGUACCACUAAUGAACUUUCAAACUACAUUGUACUGCUAAUCAAACAAGAGAUUUUUGUUGCUUUUUUAAAGAAAAAGAUGUAUUAAUGUGAUGAUAAUUUAUAUGUAUAUCAUAAGCAUAAUAUUAUAACACAUGUACUGCAACAUUUGUCUCUUAAUGUUUGUUUAACCAAAAAUCAAUGUUACAUUAUCUUUUUUUUUUUAUAAAAAAAUCUGUAUUAAAAAUGUUUUUCAAUGAAAUGUUUCUUGAUGGCUUAAGAGCAGAAUAUAAUCUUUUUGUUGUUGUUCCACCCUGUGGCCUGUGACAGAACUCCCAAAGUACAUGACAUAAAACAACUGUUAAUUCAAUUCAACUGUGAACUGGAAUUAUAAUUAUUGAUUUGUGCUCAAUUAACUUAGUCAACUUUUAUUGAAUUUGUCUAAAUGGAAACUAGGCUGAACAUUUACUACUGAGAGUAUGGCUAGUUGCAACUUCUUGAUUUAAGCAACACAGAAAUCCUCUAUAGUCUUUGUAUGCUUUUAGAGGCUAAUAAGAGUUGUAAUGUUUUGAAAAUAAUUUUUCUUUUCUAAUUUCAGUGAUACUAAAACUAUUUGAAUACAAAUAUUUGAACAUAAAAAGUGUUGUUUCUCUGCUUCUUGAUUUAGUCAAUAUCCAAAUUGAAAAGAUGAAAUUGAGAAAUGUACAACUGAUAAAUAAUUAUAAAUGAUCUCCCUUUUUUCAGUGAAUACAUUGGUAGGCUGUUGAAGCUCUUUUCCUAUUGACCAAUUUUGAACUUCAGUGUUUAUGGGUAUGAGUUGAGGUCUUUUGAUCAACUCAAUUUUCACUUCUUCUUUAGAACAAAACAUUGAAUUCAAGACAUCUUGUCAGAGCAUCCCUUUUUAGGCAUCUUUACAUUUCAAUCUAAAAUUGUUUCUAUCUGCAAUGCUGUUAUAAUGUAUUUGUUUAUUGCUAAUGUUAAUUUUUCUAUGUUUAAAUAGAAACCAUGAUUUUGUAUUCUCAGCAGCAACUUGUUUGUGCUAACACUAAUCUUGCUAUUUAGUCAGCUAUUCAGCCCACUAGCGCAGAACUUCUCUGUUACUGAGACUUUCUUAGUUUCAAACUAGUUCCAACUAAGGAUAUAGCACUCAGCCCUAGUCAACACUUUAACACAAAAACCAUGAAAGUUUUUUUUCCCUAUAGUCUCCUAGUGAGUAGAAAGAUGUGCUUCUAUUCUGAUUCAUCAUUCAUUAGUAACAUCAUUCAUUAGUAUAUCACAAAUAAAUGCAUGUUUUAAAUUUUUAUUUUUUUUUUACAUUUUAUUUGAAAAUAAUUCUGAAUGCAAUAACUUUUAACCUUUGCUAUUUUUAAAUAUUUUGUAUUACUAUGUAAAAUUAUCUAAGAUUAUAUUUUCUAGUUCAUUUAUUUGAGUGUUUUAAUGUCUUCCAUUUCUAAGUGUUAAACAAAUAAGACUUUCAACACUGAUUUUACUAAAUAUGCAGGACAAUAUUGAACUGAACUAUGGAGAAGCCAAACCAUUUGAACACACCACUUUGUGGCCAGUUUUAGCAGCAUUUUCAACUGUGUGAUUAAACCACAGAUUUGCCAUAUUGUUGUUUGUAGUCCAGCAACCUUGUGGUGACUAUUUUUCUAAAUCACUACCACAUUUUGCUGUUAAGACUAUAAUCAUAGAAUACAAAGUGUUUUCAACGAUUGCUUUAUUUAUAUUUCACAAUCAUGUCCAUUUUGUACUUAACAAUUUAUUGAUAUCCCCAAACUUGUUUCUUGUUGCUCAGAUUUUUUUAACUUUUCUUUCUUAUUAGAAACAAAAAUUUCAAUACAGCAUUUUAAUUGACCUUCAGAAGCCUUACAGUCAAUUUCUGUUGCAAAAAAUUGAAGCAUGCUAUUAUAAUCUUAAUAUAAAUACAUUUCAAAUGUAAACCUUUUACUUUAAUCUUUUUUUUUUAAGAUAAAAACUAUUGCGUGAAAGACUUGUUGAGUGUUUAAAUAAAUCUUCUGAGCAAAGAAAUAACUAAAAGUCUUCCAUUUCAAGUAACCAAAUGUUUGUUUUUAGUUUUUCAAGCUUUGUCACUCCACAACAAUAGAAAUAAAUGGUAUCAAAAAUAGGUCUUCUAACUAGAACAAAAGAAUACAGUGUGAAAAGUGCUUUUAUGUGUGCCUUGGACUCCUGAGACAAUAGGAUGGCUUAAUGUACACCUUUGGUUUUUUCUUCAAAUUACAAAAAAAAAAAAAAAAAAAAAAAAAAUAUUUUUUAGAUCUUGGCACUACUCCAAGUGAUGCAAAUGGUAGGCCUAUACUAGCCUAUAGUAUAUUUCAAAAACUAAUUUUUGCACUUGGAGAUUUUUAUCUUAUGAUGAUGCCAUCACCUUACCAAGAAUUAUUUUAUAAAGAAAGAGGCUAGUAUCCAUAGUAAUAGUAUCCAUAUCUGUAGAGGUGGGGAGCAUUGCUCAGAGAAGAGUAUCAAGUGUAGACAAAUAAAAAUUAUUUUGAAGCAAAAUGAACACCUUUCAUUCUUAGGUCAGAAAGGACGACUAGGUGUAUUUCAAAUGUUACUUUCUAUAGAAACUGUACCUACUGAGUUUUCAAUGCCAUCUCCAUGCAUUGACCAAUCAAUUUUGAGUUCAUUAUAGAAUCACUAAGAGACAUAGUAAGACUUUAGGCAGAAGUCUGUUCUGUCUCUACAAUUUACUGACUUAACGUUUAGUUACUCAAUUGACUUUUUUUGUUUUACAGCCAAGGUGUUGAGUUUUGAAUUCUUAGGACAGAGGCAGCCUUCUAAUACAGCAAGGGAUACAACUGUCAGAUGUACAAAUUGGAUUUUUGUUUUUUUAUGAAUCUCAAAAGUGUUUUGGAGUAAUAUUGGUUUUGACUUUCAAUGUUUCUUAGAAAGAAAUAUGUAACUUGAAAAGGGAAAUAAUAUAGGAAGAACAAUAUGGAGACAUUGACUUUUUAAAAACAUUUCCCCUCAACAAUGUGAUUGUUAUUCAUAGCAGUUACCUCCCUUUUAUUGUUUCAAAGUUUUAUGUUUUUUUGUUUUUUUUUAAAACUAUGAACGAAAAAGAAAUACGCCUUGUUUCAUUGUUUGGCUGGUCUGGACAAGUUAUGUGUAUAUAGUUGACUUUGUUCUUCUCUAAGCAACAGUGCCUUGUUUAAAUGACCAAAGAUUUAAAUUCUGUCAGUGACUAUUCCUAAUUCUAUUCACAUUUAGCAUCUUUCAUAAGCCUUUGAGUUAUGCAUGCGUCUCUUGCCAAAGAUUCAUCAGAAAUUAAUUUUCAAAAUUUUAAUCUGGUGAUAAAUGAGGUUUCCACUAUUCCUAUACACAUUAGCAGAAUAUAAAAUGUGUAUUUUACAUAAAAAUUCUGAUUGGAAAUACAUGCUUAUUAAUGUGAGCAUUGGACUGUUACUGACAUACCGAAUAUGUUCAUUCCUUGGGAUGUAAAUAGCUUUUUCAAUUAUUUUGUUAUAGUCUCCCCUUUCCUUAACAGUGUUGUUGACAUAUAUACAACAGAGUGCAAACUCUUUUCACUUAAUUCUUUACGUUUACAAUAAAAUAUUUAAUUAUUUCAAA